AUGUCAAGAACGACCACAUCCUCGAAAGUCGAGGUUAUGCUCCGGAGAGCUGAAGCCAAAGAUGUCGAAGCCAUCAUCGCGAUCGGUGGCGGCGUCUUUGCCGCCACUUUCGGGCACUCGAUGCCACCCGCCGACCUAGACAGUUACCUCCAAACAACAUACAACCACUCAGCCAUCGCAUCCGAGGUGGCCAACCCGGAUAUCGAUACCAUCGUCGCAGUCGACGUCUCCCUCGAUCAGGUGGUAGGCUUCUGCCAACUGACGCGAGGCACCACCGAGCCGUGCCUGGCAGGCAUGGAGAAGCCCAUAGAGCUGCAGAGGCUGUACAUCUCCGAGCACUACCACGGUGCUGGCGUCGGGAGGAAGCUGGCCGCGAGGGUCGAGGAGAUGGCCAGGGAGCAGGGAUUCGUGACCAUGUGGCUGGGGGUGUGGGAGGAGAACUUCAAGGCGCAAAAGGUCUACGAGAAGUUCGGGUAUGGGAAGAUCGGGAGUCACGAGUUCGUCAUGGGGGAGUGUGUUCAGACGGAUUGGAUUCUGAGCAAGAAGCUCUGA